CUCCUUGCCACGCAGGUCCUGCCACCCGGCGCCGGCGUCCUAGCUGCUGCUGCUGCCGCCGCGGGACCCGACGAGCCUGUGCUGCGAGCCGCGGGGCUGCGGCGUCUGUUUGCGCCGGGAGGCUGGGCCCCGCCGGGCGGGCGGACGGGCCGCGAGGCUACGGGCACGGAGUCCGGCGGCCCCGGCGGUGCGCGGCGCCGAAGAGCCCCGGAACAGCCAGAUCUGCCGCUCUCGGCUCCUGUGUAGGGGGUGCUGGGCUGACGUGGGGCCGCCCGACCGGCUGCUGCUCUCGAGCUGCGGGGCCCCGGGGGCUGAGGCAGGCGGAGCUGCCCCGGCGCCGCGCGGACCAUGGCUGGCGGCGGGGGCCUGGUCCUGCUCCUGGCCGUCCUGCUGGGCAGCGCGUGGGCGCGGAAGAGCCAGGACCUGCACUGUGGAGCCUGCAGGGCUCUUGUGGAUGAACUAGAGUGGGAAAUUGCCCAAGUAGACCCCAAGAAGACCAUCCAGAUGGGUUCCUUUCGCAUCAACCCUGACGGCAGCCAGUCAUUUGUGGAGGUGCCCUAUGCCCGCUCAGAAGCCCACUUGACAGAACUGCUGGAACGGGUUUGUGAGCAAAUGAAGGAAUAUGGGGAACAGGCUGACCCCACCACUCAUCGAAAGAAUUAUGUACGGGUAGUGAGCCGGGACAAGAGAGCUAAUGAGCCGGACAUGGAAGGCAUUCGAAUUGAUGGAGACAUCAGAGCCAGCCUCAAAUUUGCGUGUGAGAGCAUUGUAGAAGAAUAUGAGGAUGAACUCAUUGAGUUCUUUUCCCGAGAGACUGACAAUGUCAAAGACCGGCUCUGUAGCAAACGUACAGACUUGUGUGACCACGCCCUGCACAUUUCUCAUGAUGAGCUGUGACUCACUGGAGCAUCCCUCAACCCAGACAGACCUGACGGAUCACCCCCAGGAGGGGAAAAGAGGCUUCAAUGCCUUUUAUAUGAUGUUUUUAUUAAAAUGAACCCAAAAAAAGGAGAAAAAAAAAGAAACCAUGGUGCAAAUGAAGUUGUGUCUUCCCAC